UCUGUGACACAGAGGGAUGGAGCUGUCCCAUUGCACGAUGGGCUCCAUCCCAGCUUGCACCCUUCUGUGCUUUAUUAGUAUAGCAGCAGCCAACAUAUUUGAGUACCAGACAGAUUCUCAGCCAUUGCGUCCCUGUGAACUUCAGAGGGAAAGGGCUUUUACAGGAGGAGAAACUUACAUUCCUCAGUGCUCAGAAGAUGGCCAGUUCAGGGCUGUUCAGUGCAGCAGGAAUGGUCUUUCCUGUUGGUGUGUAGAUGAGAAUGGCAUCGAAGUACCUGGCAGCAAACAGAAUGGAUAUCCUAUAUCUUGCUUAUCCUUCUGCCAGCUGCAAAAACAAAGAAUCUUGGUGAGUGGCUACAUCAACAGCAGUAGUAUCUCCUACAUCCCUCAGUGCCUGGACUCAGGGGCAUUUGAUGUGGUGCAGUGUGAUGUGGAGCUGGAUCAGUGCUGGUGUGUAGACCAAGAAGGAAUGGAGAUUGAUGGCACCAGGCAGAGAGGAAAGCCAACACAAUGUCCAGGGACCUGUGAGAUCCGAGACCGCCGCAUUCUGCAUGGGGUUGGGGAAAAGAGCCCCCCACAGUGCUCAGAAGAUGGAGAGUUUCUGCCUGUCCAAUGCAAGUUUGUCAACACGACAGACAUGAUGGUUUUCGAUCUCAUUCAUAAUUAUAACAGGCUCCCAGAGGCUUUCCAAACCUUCAGCUCCUUCCGGGAGACAUUCCCAGAGGUCUCUGGGUAUUGCUACUGUGUGGACAGCCUGGGGAGAGAGCUCGCAGACACCGGCCUGGAGUUGCUGCUUGAUGAAGUUUAUGACACUAUUUUUUCUGCACUGGAGCCUGCCCGUACGUUCACAGAGACCAGCGUGUAUCGGAUCCUGCAGCGGCGCUUCCUGGGAGUCCAGCUGGCCACCUCUGGCCGCUUCAGAUGCCCUUCAAAAUGUGAGGUUGAACAUUAUGCAGCCCAGCGCUACCAGCAUGCCUACAUCCCAUCAUGUGACUCUGAUGGGGGAUACACAGCAAUGCAGUGCCAGCAGGGAGGACAGUGCUGGUGCGUGGACACCAAAGGGCAGGAGGUCCAGGGCACGAAGAGACGAGGACAGCCCCCAGCUUGUGGUGAAGAACAAACGUGCAUCUCUGAGAGGCAGCGGGCCUUGUCAAGGAUCUUUUAUGGCCCUGCUGGGUACUUCAGCCAGUCCAAUUUAUUUUCCACACCAGAUGUACAGUCAGAGAAAAGAGCUGGCUUCUCAAGACCCUGCCCUCCCUCCUUCAAAGAGCUGUUUCUGGAUUCUGGAUUGUCAUCUCCAAUCAUGCAAAGUCCAUAUGCCAGCCAGAUUCCUGGGCUAGAAUCCAUCCUUAGUGAAGCCAUCUCAGGAAUGUUCCCAUCGAGGGAACUGGCUCAAGUGGCAUUGCAAUUUACUGCCAAUCCAAAACGCUUCCAAGAAAAUCUCUUUGGAGGAAAGUUCUUGAAGAAUAUGAUCCAGUUUAACUUCACUGGGGCACUUGGCACUAGUGGCAAAUACAGCAUCGGGCAGUUUUUCACAGAGGAAGAUGCAACCGAGAGGAAUAGUAGCCAAGGCCUUCUGCAAUCAGCUGUGGCCUUUCCAUUGGAAAUAUCAAAGGGGAGCUCAAUUUUGAGUCAAGCUCUUGUAGGCAGCUUUGGCCGAACAGUAACUCUUCAGGACAAUCAGAAUAUGAUUAAAUUCCUUUCCUCUGUCCUGGAACUUCCAGAGUUCUUUACUUUCCUUCAACAAGUGAUUUCUGUUCCCAAAAGCAUUGCUGAAGAUUUGGGUGAAGUGGUGAAAUUAGCACUGGGAUCCAAAGACUGUGGUGAAGAGCCAAGGGACCUGUUUGUUCCAAGGUGCACCAAGGAGGGGAGGUAUGAGGAAGUUCAGUGCUAUGCAGGAGAGUGCUGGUGCUUGAACACUUCAGGUAAAGAAGUACCAGGCUCAAGAAUUCAAGGUGAACGUCCACGGUGUCCCUCUGAUUGUGAGAAGCAAAGGAGAAACUUGCAGAACUUGAAACAAAGCCUGUCUGCAGGGUCAGAUCUUUUUAUUCCCUCUUGUACCAAGAACGGAGACUUUCUGCCACUUCAGUGUUAUGGGACAAAUUGCUUCUGUGUUGAUUUGAAUGGAAAGACUAUUCCAGGAAUAAGAGGAAAUAUUGCAAAACCCAUAAAAUGCCCCAGUGCUUGUCAAAUCACAGCUGGACAGGAGUUUCUAAAGACUCUGAAGCUCCUGUUGUCAGACCCAAGUUCUCUGACUCAACUCUCCAGCAUUUACCUACCCCAGUGUGAUACUGAUGGUGCCUGGAAGCAAGUGCAGUGCAGUGGUCCUCCUGAGCAAGCUUUUGAGUGGUACGAAAGGUGGAUUACAGAGAACAACGAAGGCAAAACUCUGCCCAUAGCCAGUCUAUUGAACAUCCUAAUUGGAUAUAAAAAUGCAUCUUCCAAAGGUUAUUCAGGUUUUAUUGAAACUUUGUAUGAGACUGGGCACCAGAAUGUCUUUCCAGCUUUCACCACAUACUCAUCCUUUGCUGAUCUUCCACCUGAAGUGCUGGAGGGAAAUGUGACCUCUGUAUCUGAGAACAUUUUAUUGGAUCCGUACACAUUCUGGCAGCUUCUGAAUGAGCAGUUUACCUAUUACCCAGGAGCCUACACUGAUUUCAGUGCUCCAUUAAGCCAUUUUGACCUUCGUGAUUGUUGGUGUGUUAACAGCAAUGGGGAAGAACUGCAAGGAACAAGGGCAGAAGUGAACCAGGUACCGACAUGUCCUGGUAUAUGUCAAAGUAUUCAGCAAGAAGCUGUGAAAUUUAUAGAGGAGACAGAGCAACUCAUCCGAGCCUCGAACACUUCCCACUUCCCUUUUGGAGAGAGCUUCUUGAUGGCAAAGGGAAUACAGCUCAUGGACAGUGACCUCCUACGUUCUACUCGGCCCUAUGAAUCAGAGAUGAUGGUCUCUGAGAAGUUGUUAUCGGGCAGUGACUAUGCUCUCCAGCUGGCUGCACAAUCAGUCUUGCAUUUCUACUGGCAGAAUCACUUUACAUCAAAAGGUUUUGCUGGAGAAGCUACGCAGCUAGGAUUUCAUCCCUACAUCCCACAGUGUGAUGGCCUGGGAAACUGGGAGCCAACUCAGUGCUAUGAGAGCACAGGUCAUUGCUGGUGUGUGGAUGAAAGAGGACGUUAUGUUACGGAUUCCUUGGUUUCACGCUCAGCAGAACGUCCCAAAUGUCAGACGUCAUGUCAGAGAUCUCAAGCCAAUGCCUUAAUCUCCAGCUGGAGACAGAGUGGCUCAAAGCUGGAUGCCUCUGCAACAGAUCUGUUUGUCCCCUACUGCCUUGAGACAGGAGAAUAUGCCGUGCUACAGAGAUCUUAUACAAAUACUUGGUGUGUAGAUCCUGGGUCAGGAGAAGUAUUUCAGCCUGGCACCAAAGAUUCAGAUGGCAAUCCUGAGUGUCCUAGUUUCUGUAAUAUGUUGGAGUUGAAAACUAGUUUACGAGAAGCUGGGAAGGGUUACAUUCCAAAAUGUGAAGAGGCCAGUGGGAUAUUCUCACCUGUGCAGUGCACCCAGGAUGAAGAAAGCUGCUGGUGUGUAUUUGACAAUGGAGAAGAGGUACCUGGGACACGAGUAAGCGGAGGAAGACCUGCAUGUGAAAGUCCCCAGUGUGCUGUGCCAUUUGGUACCUCUUCUAUCCUCAAUGGAGCUGUGUUCUGUGAUGAUUCUGGGCAAAUGUUGGGCGUUCAGCAAUGCCGACUGGUGUGCCGCCAAGGCUACAACAGCGCUGCUUCCAACACGCUGUUCCAGUGCGAUGUGCAGAAACAUCUAUGGAUCUCAGCUGCCCCACUCUACCACGCCUGCCAGAAGCUCCAAUUAUUUCAGACAGUCCAAGCUCAAACACACUUCCAGCUCCUGCUACCUCCUCAGAAGACCUGUAGUUCUGACUACUCUGGAUUACUUCAGGCAUUCCAGAUAUUUAUUUUAGAUGAAUUGAAGGCUCGUGGUUUUUGUCACCUCCAGGUAAAUGCUUUUGGAAACACUGGCUCAGUUUCUGUCUGUGACGAUUCCUCUGUCUACGUUGAAUGCCUGAGUGUGGAUCGCCUGGGGGUGAAUGUCACAUGGAGGGCUCUGCUGGAAAACAUCCCAGCAGCUUCUCUCCCUGACUUACACGAUAUUGAAAAUGCACUUGUUGGAGAAAAACUCAUUGGAGCAUUUAUUAAAGAGAUUGAGGAUGGUCGUUUUCUGCUAUAUUUAGACUCCAAGCAAUUUCCAGCAGAUUUGUUCAUUGAUUUUCCCCAAGAUGAAGAGUUUGAUUUGUCUCCAAGAGUGCAGCUGGGAUGUAGAAGCGGGUUUCGAAGAAUUUCAUCUCCUGGGAAAAUCGUCCCAAAUGCACAAGGAUGUGUCUACUUCCCUGGAAUGGGCUGUCUUUCUGUCAACAUCCUGUUCAGGGCUGCCAAGCCUACCUCUUCACAGGAUCCCUGUGUAUCACCAAAAACCCUCUGCCUUAACAGCACUGCUCGUAUUUCCAUUUGUAUCAACCAUCCUACAGAGCAACCCUCAUUGUUCUUGUUGACCCAAAAGUCUACCAGCAUGAUAAAUAUACAAUCAUUCACGGGUGUGCAAAUGCCUGAAAUGGUUGGAUUCCAUAAGAAUAAUGAUGUUGUUCUGUUUGCAGUUGUUUGUCCUCCAGGCACUAAUUUCCAGAAUGGUGAAUGUAUUCCCUGCCCUCUUGGCUACUAUCAGUAUCAGACAGGACGUUUAUUUUGCAUCAAGUGUCCUGUGGGCAAAACUACCAGCUCUUAUGGGGCAUUCAGUGCUGAUGACUGUAUUACUUACUGUCAAGGCAAUGAGCAGGGUUUGCAGUGUGAUGAGGAUGGCCAGUAUAGGCCUUCCCAACAAGACCCUGAUACUAAAAAAUCCUUCUGCGUUGAUGACUUUGGAGCAUCUCUUGAUUGGACUGAAACAGAUGAUCUCCUUACAGACGAUGAGUGCUUAGGUAAGUACCAGAAUGAUAUUUGGACAUGUUUUUAUCCAAUUGCUCAGAAAAUUCGAGAGAGUUCCUGCCUCUACAUUCGUUUAUGGGUGCAAGGUGCUCUGGGGAAUCCUGCUGCCACUAGCAUUGGUCAUCUCAGCUGCUUGCUUUAUAUCAGGAAUCCAGAGGGAGAUGCUGUGAUGGUCUAUUUGAAGAAAGCACAAGAAUUUAACUCAUCUGGACUCAAGACCUUUGAAAGGACCAGUUUUCAGAAUGUGCUUUCUGGUGUGUAUCGUUCCAUGGCUCUCUCAGCAGCUAGCACAUCUCUGACGGAUGCUCAGCUCUUCUGCAGACAGACUUGCAGCAGGGACUCUUGCUGUGAUGGCUUCAUCUUGAGUCAGACUGCACUUGAUGGAGGUACCAUCUUGUGUAGCUUGAUGACAUCCCCAGAUGUGCUGAUCUGCAAUGCAAAUGGUUGGAGUCCAACACAAACAUCAGUCAUAAAUGAAAUAUGCAGAGGUCUGAGCUAUGACAAAGGAGAGAAGAUCUUCUCCUUCACCCUGGGGGGACAAGUGUUCAGUGGAAGUAUGUCAAUGAUGUCUAAGCUGUCAGAAGAGGCAGAAAGAAAUUUCACCACUUUUCAGCAAGUGUUUCUGGGGAGAGGCUCUGAUAUGGUCACCCGACCUGAAAUCUCUGAGUGUGAUUCUACUGCUUUGAAGACAGAGGACAAUAUCAUGUUAUCAGAUUCCACAAAGGAUCUUUUCUACUUAAUGGAUAACAGCCAGAUACGAAGCGACCCAAACUCCUCUAUCCCUUACCAGCAGUACUGGGUCUUCAGGCAGAAGUACUCAGCGGAAGAAGCUAUGCUUUGGUGUCUCACACGCUGUGCACAGGAAGACGAGUUUUGUCAAAUGGCAGAUCUCCAAAAUACUGCAGACACAUACUUUGUGUGUACCCUGUAUCCAGAGGCACAGAUUUGUGAUGGUAACAUUGAACAAAUACUGGAAAACUGUCGUACUGAACUACCCUGGCAGCCACAGGCAUUGUACCGUAAAAUAGUCACUCUGAGAAGUACUGUGAAGAGCUUCUACACACGUGUACCAUUCCAGAAAGCAACAGGGAUCUCAGUGAGAAAUGUGACUGACAUGAGCAGAAAAGCAGUUUCAAAUGGCUUUUUCGAGUGUGAGCGUUGGUGUGAUGCUGACCCCUGUUGCACAGGAUUUGGAUUUUUAAAUGUCACCCAGACGUCAGGAGGAAAAAUCAUGUGCCUGACUCUGAACAGCCUAGGAAUUCAGACAUGUGCUGAGGAAUCAAGAAGUGCUUGGCAAAUUUCAAAUUGUAGUUUGCCAGGCACUGAAGUCAGAAUACAUCCAUUUGGCUGGUAUCAGAAGCCUGAUGAGCGACUUCAAAGAUUUGGGUUUGUUACAGAAUUUAAAAUUCAUUUUUUGGCUGGUUUGGUAAAGAAAGUGUCAAGACCAAAUUCCAAGAGGAAAUGCUAUAGUACUGAUUUUAUUUUGUGUUUUCUACUUUCAGCUGAUUUGACGAACACUGUGCCUAACCUGUGUCCACCUGUUAGUUUGCCUUUCAGGCCAGAAAGUGAGUAUUUGGAUACAUGGCAACCCUUAAAUGUGUCCUCUGUUCUUGUGGAUUCAACCAUCUCAAACUUUGAAGCUGUGCAUGUUAGCAGGGAAAUAUCCAAUGGCUUUGCCACUGCAAAAGACUAUUGUCUAUCUGCAUGUUCAAGGAACCAGACGUGUGCAGUAGUUACACUGGAAAUCCAGGCUUCAGCAAUAAGAUGCCUUUUUUACCCCGAUACACAGAUAUGCUCAUAUGGUCUAGAAGGGCACAGCUGUCAGGUUCUACUCAAAGAACCAGCUACAUACAUCUACAGGAGACAAGGUGAGAGCUUACUGCCUAUUUCUGAAUCAGAUUUUGCCCCAUCUGUGUACAUUCCAUCCCAUGGUGAUUUGAUUGGCAAACCCCAGGCAGUACGGAUCGGCACAGAGUGGAAAAAUAUCAGCCAGUUCCUUGGGAUUCCCUAUGCUGCACCUCCUCUUGCAGAGAGGCGAUUUAAUCCUCCAGAACCAUUUGCUUGGGAGAAAACCUGGAAUGCUACUGUGGCUCGGUCAACUUGUUGGCAGCCAGGAGACAGAGAGACCUCAUCAUACUCUGUCAGUGAAGAUUGCUUAUAUCUGAAUGUCUUUGUUCCUGUCACUGCAGUCAAAAACAUGUCAGUGUUGCUGUUCUUCCACAAUGGAGGGAGUGGUAAUGCUGAGGCAGGAAAGACCAUCAUAGAUGGCUCAUACCUGGCUGCAAUCAGUAACACAAUUAUUGUAACAGCAAACUACAGGGUUGGUGUUUUUGGCUUCCUCAGUGUUGGCUCUUCUGAGGCAAGUGGAAAUGCAGGCCUUUUGGAUCAGCUGGCAGCUCUGAAGUGGGUGCAGCAGAACAUUGGUAGCUUUGGGGGAGAUCCGAGCCGGGUGUCUGUAGGAGCUGAUCGUGGUGGUGCGGACAUUGCUAGCAUUCACCUGCUGACAGAGGCAAUCAAUACGGGUCUGUUCAGGAGGAUGUUAUUGAUGGGAGGUUCAGCCUUUUCUCCAGCAUCCAUCAUCACAAAGAGGAGAGCUCAAGCCCAAGCAGCAGUCCUGGCUGAUGAUGUGGGAUGCCCCUCAUCCACCAGUGAGGAAAUUGUAGCCUGCCUCCGCCAGUUGCCUGCUCGUGUCCUCAAUGAUGCACAGACUAAGCUCCUAGCGAUAAGUGGCCCAUUCCAGUACUGGGGUCCAGUGGUAGAUGAAGUUUACCUUCAGGAACCUUUAGCUAAAGCCCUGCAGCGCCCUCAACUUCAGAAAGUAGAUCUGCUCAUUGGAAGUGCUCAGCAAGAUGGAUUGAUCAGCAGAACUAAGGCAAUUAAGAAAUUUGAAGAAAGUCAAGGAAGAACCAACAGCAAAACAGCCUUUUAUCAAGCUCUGCAAAAUUCUCUUGGAGGAGAAGACUCCAACUUGUUCAUUGAAGAUGCAGCUACAUGGUAUUACUCCCUUGAACAUUCGACUGAUGAUUAUUCAUCAUUUUCCAGGGCUUUGGAAAAUGCCACCCGUGACCAGUUUAUCACAUGUCCCAUCAUAAGCAUGGCCAAUCACUGGGCUGCUAACUCCAGAGGAAAUGUCUUCAUGUACCACGUGCCGGCAAGCUCUUCAGAGAGCAGUUCAGGUCUGGAGCUCUUGCUGGAUGUUCAAUAUGCAUUUGGACUGCCAUUCUAUCCCAAGUAUGAAGAACAAUUUACUCUGGAAGAAAAGAGCCUUUCCUUACAAAUUAUGCAGUAUAUCUCCAAUUUUGUGAACUCUGGAAAUCCAAAUUAUCCUCAUAGUUUCUCAAGAAAAAUGUCACGGUUGCUGCCACCCUGGCCAAUGUUUCUGCCAAAUGAUGAUGGAGAUAACUACAAAGAAUUCACCAUUUCAAUGCCUACUCUUAAAGGACUGAAAAAAGCAGACUGUUCCUUUUGGUCUGAUUAUAUUAGAAGACUGAAAGCAUCCACAGGAAGUGAACGUAAUGGAGAGCAAUCUACAGAAUUCAACUCUACUGAAGCUCCUAGCAAAGAACUUGCCUCCAGUGAGAGCCAGCCAGUGGGAGACAAGGUGGCCUACAGCAGAUAGAAUGUGCUGUUAGAUGGGUUUGCCACAUAGCUGUGCACCCAUGCAACUGAGUCGCACCAGAUAAAACAGCUGCUUCCUUUAGCUAACCUUCUAAACAACUAAAGUAGAUGGUUCAGAAAACUUUUGAAUAUAGCACAAAAUAAGCCCAACAGCUAUUAUUCAGAAGAAACUGUAAUUUGAAAAAUGAAAUAUCAAUAAAAACUGCAAAAAUGAAACAAAAGUACUUGGACUUAUUUCUUGCGACCCAAACG